AUAAGGACCGACACCCGAAAAGUACCCCCAAACAGCCCCCACGAGGCCGCCAAGCACGCUCCCGUAGGCAUUUUGGACCACGCCGUGCUCGCACUCGGCAGAGGUCCUCAAACUCUCGCCUUGCACACGUCUCCACAACCUCAGGCGUUCUUGUAGCCAUGCGUUCUCGGGCAGCCAUGGCGCUCCCAGCGCUGUGCCUCGUCGCCCUCGUGGCCGUCGGCGCGGCCGCCCAGGACAGCACCUGCCUGCUGCAGUCCAGGGCCGCCGCCGUCUCGGAGCCGGCCUCCAACCACUCCGCUGGGAAGUCGGAGACGCUGGGGCACUGCUCCAUGGUUGGCGGUCCAGGUUCUGGUUUGGAUGGGUGGACGGGCUUCGCUCAGGUGGACACCAGGACGUCUGUCAGCGCCGCCGGUACGGUCACACAGUUCAGCUACUGGGGAGGGUCCAGCAGCCCAGUGUAUCUCCAGAUCAUGCGCCCUUACUCGGGUAAUACCUACACACUCGUCGGCGAAGUGUACUCGCCAGGCACCACGGUCGGCGCAACAAACUACGUCUCGGCCAACAUUCCGGUCCAAGCCGGGGACUACCUUGGCUGGUCCUUUGUGGGGACGGCAGCCUUCGGCUAUGCUGGCUCGCCGGACGCUUGUGGCACUGUCCGCUGGAAUGCAAAUGGGGACGGCGGCCAGCGCACUGUGGGGGGAACGUGGACCUACAAUUCCGGGGGUUGCCGAUCCUACGAUGUGUGCGCGACGAUCGGUUCGGCGUCGACGCCCAGCCCGACGCCGUACCCGACGGCCUACCCGACGCCCUACCCGACGCCCUUCCCGACGCCCAGCCCGACGCCCAGCCCGACGUAUCCUCCGAAUUGGCCCACGCCGCACCCGACGUUUCCUUCCGGAGUUCCGCUGGCGGGCGGAGCAGGCGCAAGCGUGGCUGCCACUGGCGAUCCCCAUCUGCAGAACGUUCUUGGUCAGCGAUUCGACUUGAUGAAGCCGGGCAAGCAUAUUCUGAUAAACAUCCCUCGUGGAAGGCAUAAGAAUGCAUUGCUUCGUGUGCAGGCCGAUGCGCGCAAAUUGGGUGGACAAUGCGCAGACAUGUAUUUCCAAGAGCUAAAUAUCACAGGGCAGUGGGUGGAGGCGAAAGGUACCAGCGGUUUGCGUUUCCAAUCUGAUGACGUGUAUGACGAGCAACCGAAGUGGCUUAAGUUUGGGACGGUGCAGGUGAAGGUUGCACAUGGGCACACCCAGGACGGGGCCAAGUAUUUGAAUUUCUACGUUAAGCAUCUUGGGCACUCUGGGCUUGCAGUCGGAGGAUUAUUGGGAGAAGAUGAUCACUCUGAUGCAGCGAUGUCUUCGGAUGGAUGUGCUCACCACAUCUCCCUUCUUGAGUUACCGUCCAAAUCGGCUCAAAGCACAUCGGUCUUCUCUGUUGCAGAGGCAAGCUUCAACUGAUGGAAUGAGGCUCCCCUUCUAGGCUGCUUGAGCAACGCGUGGAGUAUUGCACUCGUAAACUAUGUAAUGCAAAUGGGUCGAUUAGGUUGAUGUGCGCUGUGACCUGUGUUCUGUUGACAUUUUGGGAAAACGCAAACUUUGACAUUGAAAGACGCUUAGAGCCGCUUGAUCUCGUCGCGGAUUGUGCAUCUCACCUCGCGAGUGAAGCCUACGACCAACAUGUCUACCGUGAAGUCCACGAGUGCGGCACGAGAAGGCAAACUCGCUGUCGUACCAUGCAACCCACUUCACGAGCCUGUUGGGACCGAAGGGGUUGUCGACAGGGCAUGUCUAUCGAAGAACACACAUCGGCCAAAACAUAAUUUCUCGGGUGGCCGCGCGGACCUCCGAGGACGUUGUGCUUUUGCCGAUGUGUAGCCCUCUAGCCUCGAAGCUGGCGGACACGAGGGCUUCGCCUCCGCGGCCAGGGAAGCCCCGCCUGUCGCCCCGUUGGGAGCGUCGUCGGGCCCUCGCCCGUGCCACCUCGGUGGCGCAGCCCGGGUCGCCCAGCCGGUGCCGUCCAUGCGUCCGCACCUCGGGGCAUGCCCCGCAGGACUGCCUCUGAAGUGCCCAGCUAUACCCUGGUGCGCCCGUGCUGAAGCGCAGCACGCGCCGUGCUCAAGACGUCCAUGCUGACACGCUGCGCGUCGGCUCGGCACGCGCUGGCUCUACGUCUCGGCGAACGCAUCGCGCCAGACCUGCGCGUCCAGUCCACGUGUCGAGCGCCGUGCCAGCUCGCUGCGUGCUGGGCGUGGCGUAUCGGGGCAGCUGAGCCGCAGGGUGGACCGUCGUUUUGUGUCACAUGUGCACAAGUGAACAGAUUCGUAGAAGAACCAGUUGCGUAAGCAGAACUUUCGGAGCUCCGCCCGGACUUGUUGGGUCGGCGCUGGCCCCCCCCCCACCUGGCGGCGCCUCGGGCGCCGCUCCCUGGCGCGCGGCCC